AUGAGCAACGGCAGGCACUUGGCUAAAGGCUCUCCCACGCCCGAUGUUCCCGAGGAUGGGAUCCUGCGGCUCUACUCCAUGCGAUUCUGUCCGUUCGCCCAGCGUGUCCACCUGGUACUCGACGCCAAGCAGAUCCCCUACCACAGCAUCUACAUCAACCUCACCGACAAGCCCGAGUGGCUGCUGGACAAGAAUCCCCAAGGCAAAGUGCCGGCGCUGGAAAUAGUCCGCGAGCCAGGACCUCCGGUUCUGACGGAAUCUCUGCUUAUUUGCGAGUAUUUGGAUGAGCAGUACCCCCUUCGUCCUCUGUAUCCACGUGAUCCCCUCAAGAAAGUGCAGGAUAAGCUGCUAAUCGAGCGUUUCGGUCCGGUGCUGGGAGCCUUUUUCAGGGCCUCCGAUGGUGGUGAUCUGGAGCCCUUCUGGUCUGGUCUGGACACCUACGAAAAGGAGCUAAGCCGGCGUGGCACGGACUUCUUUGGUGGCGAGCAGACCGGCAUCCUGGACUACAUGAUAUGGCCCUGGUGCGAGCGCCUUGAACUGCUGAAGCUGCAACGCGGCGAAGACUAUAACUACGACGAGGCAAGAUUCCCACAAUUGACCCUAUGGGUGGAAAGAAUGAAGCGCGACCAGGCUGUGAUGGCCUUCUACAUGGAGGCAGAGGUGCAGGCCGAGUUCUUGCGCACGCGUGCCGCUGGACAUCCCAACUACAACCUUCUGGUCAAGGAGGCUUGA